UUGGUUCGUCGCAGCAUACGACGCCUGGCUCAGAUGCGCAAAGCGUGAUGGAUGAGUGUCAUUUCGGAGUCGAUACGAUCGCGCUGCAUCGUCGACCCCAUUGUAAAGUUUUCGUAGUUAACAACUGGUACUGCUGGCCUAUCUGCCAAUUUUACGGCCGACAAUGUACUCACCAUGACGAUCUCGGACCAAUGAUUCAUGCUUUUUUGCUCGAAAGAUCUCCUGAAUCAUUUGGAGAUUACUUCGAUCAGCACAACAAGGCAAACAACCAAGCAGAUAUGCCUAGAAACGCUUCGCUCUGCGCUUCCGUAAUGCCGAAUCCCAGCGAUGCGAUUACGAUCUCUAUCCACUGUGGCAGUGGUGAUCAUGCAACGUCUAUCAUUCUACCGCGGCACCAUCAUCUCGCAAGAAAACUGGAGGAGCUCGUGUCCUCCGGUAUGACGACCCAAACGCAGCCUCUAGCACAGCAGCCAGACGUUAUCCGUGCGUUGUCAUUGGUGGUAAAAUACAUCAACGACUCACGCCAUGAAGGCCCAGAUUCAUCGAUCGCUGCUCUCUUCAACUCGCUUUGUCCGCCACCACGCCGUGUGAGCGCUUAUGUUGGUGAUGCCCAGGUAUCAAGUCAACGGGCUUAUCAUCAUCCACCUGAACAACCAGUUGCCCGCACAAGAUAUCGUCGCGGUGGCAAACACUGUGCUCGAAGUGUCAAACACUGCAACGUUAUUGGGUGUGAUAACAUCUCAGUGAGUCAUGGUUUGUGCCGUGGACAUGGUGGCGGUCGUCGUUGCCAUUAUAUGGGCUGCUCGAAGAGCGCUCAGAGCCGCAGCGUGUUUUGCUGGUCGCAUGGUGGCGGACGCCGUUGUGAAGUGGAGAGCUGUAUGCGCUGUCGAAAGUCAAAGCACUUCUGUUCCGCCCACGUGCACUUGGAAAAGGCUUCACCAAAAACGUAUCGAAGAGGAGACGAGUUGCUGAUGAUGAUCUUGAACGACGCCAACGAAUACCCCGCUCCAAGACACACGCCUUACUAUGCAACUCUGCCGAGUCUGCAAGAAGCAUUGAAGAAUACGCAACACACGUCGAUGAUAGAUUAAUCCGCUGAGAGGACGGUGUUGAAUGAAAUCUGCAGCAUUAAUUUCCGUAAUGCCUCCAAGUUCCGUAGUGAGUCACCAAACAGAAUAUCAGUCAGGUAUCUAACUAGAAACUCUAGUCGAGAACAACAUGUCAACAAAGCGGGUAUAACUCAUUCGCGGUUGUCUUCAAUGUUAUUCCAUCCGCCAUGAUUUUAUCUUCCUUGCCUAUCUCAUGCUGU